AUGGAGUCCAAGCCCCAACUCAACGGAGUGACAACUCCCAAACCGGUCCUCUUCUUCGAUAUCGACAACUGUUUAUACCCCCGAAGCUCGAGAGUGCAGGACCACAUGGCCCAGCUCAUUGACGAGUAUUUCGCCAAGCACCUCUCCCUAUCGUGGGAAGAUGCGGUGAAGCUACACAAGGAGUACUACACAAACUACGGACUCGCUAUCGAAGGCCUGGUUAGACACCACCAAAUCGACCCCUUAGAGUACAACUCCAAGGUCGACGAUGCCUUGCCCCUCGAGGACAUCCUCAAGUACAACCCUGAACUGCGCGAACUACUUGAGGACGUCGACAAGAGCAAGUGCACCAUGUGGCUUCUAACCAAUGCCUACAUCAACCACGCUAGGCGCGUGGUUAAGCUACUGCGAAUCGACGACCUCUUUGACGGUCUAACGUUCUGCGACUACUCCCAGCAACCGCUGAUUUGCAAGCCCGCGAAGGAGAUGUACUUGAGGGCCAUGAAGGAAGCAGGCGUCGAAAGGAUGGAGGACUGCUAUUUUGUUGGUAAGCCGUCGCAUGCUACGUCCCGCUAUGUGAGGACCACUAGAUAA